GGCGCACUGGACGUGAUGUGGAAUUAUAUAGACCUCACUUCCAGUUUCCACGCAGCACUUCAGUGAAUCUAAAACAUCAGACAUGGAUUACCCUCGACAAAAUGGCUCCACACAUAGCCUACUCGAUCAACAACACUCCGGCUAUGGUGACAUCAAGGAUUAAUAUCGGCGGAUGAAAGAGAUCGUUUCGAUGCGGAGGCAUCCGUCGAUGGCAUUAAGCAAAUGCACUUUCACAAUUUAAGAUAUAUUUACGCACGGUCUAAUCUAUCAAAUAACCGCGGAAAUGAUGGAAAAACUGAAACCAGAAGUUGGGCAGCUCAGUCCAAUGGGCAAGGAAUGCAAGUCUCCACAUCACGACAGCAUGGCGACUUCCAUAGCAGGUCGUGUAAGUGGGGAGGGGUGCGAGGCUGGUGGUGAGACACAGGAAGCGGCGUCGGCGAACUCCGCUGAGAGGGAUCGUGUCCCGGGGGAGCGCUGCAACGGGACUAUCCUCUUUGAUGCAGUUACCAAGGAAACGGCGUACCACAGCGAGCAAAAAAAGGAAGUGCCGGUGAUCGAGUUGGCCAGAAGAGGAGGGCUCGUGGACAUAAAAGCUAGGGAGCUGACGGCAGACGGCAAUCACAGGAUACAGACCACCGAGCUGUGCAGACCUCCUAUUCAACUGACACUGCCUUCCCGGGACCCGUUGUUGAGCGAAACUCGAAUGGUGCAGUUGAGCCAACCUGGGUUCUCUCUACCUGCACGAGCGAUGCUGUACAGUAACUUUGCUCAACCGCUCGCUGCUAUGAACAGUGGCUACGGUGGGGAGAUGGAACAGUAUGGCAUGUAUCCCAGCCAUCGGAUUAAACGUCGACCAGCGCCCUAUGAGAUUGAAAUCAACGAUGGUAAUGGCUCACAGCCCAAAAUCGUGAGGCGGAUAUUCACCAACAGUCGUGAGCGCUGGCGCCAGCAGAAUGUGAAUGGUGCCUUCGCUGACCUCCGCCAGCUCAUCCCCACCCACCCGCCCGACAAGAAGCUCUCCAAGAACGAGAUCCUCCGACUGGCCAUGAAGUACAUAAACUUCCUGGCCAAGCUCCUGGACGACCAGGAAGGUGUGUUGGAGGCCGGCGACAGCGGUGGUAUUGUGGGGGCGCGGACCCACGAGGCCCGAGGGGAGGGCCUGGUCCGGGAAGAGCUCCUCCAGGGAAUGCUGUCGCCCAGCAACUCCAGUUGCGGGAGUCUUCUGGACGGGGACGGUAGUCCCGACAGCUACACCGAUGACCAGGAUUUGUCUAUAGGGUCCAGAAGGCCCACCUCCAGAGGCCUCCAUCAUCACUCUGGACUCCACAUUGACGAACAAAAUCAGAGAUGACUCUACGUUUUCUUUAUGGGGAGAAGAACAGAGAAUGUGAGAUGGAGGAGCUUGGCAAUUUUCUUACCAACCUGGAGUGAAUGGGCAACAAUAGGAUGGUUCCGAUGGCGAUACAUUUCAUGCUGUGUACAAAUUUGAUCUUUCUCUAUUUUCUGUUUCCCUCAAUGGCCCUGUCUGUCGUUGGCUUUUCCAGAGGUGGGUAUGUUCUCUGGUGGAACAUAAAGGCUUUGUCCCAACUGCUGUUGUAAGCAGGUGAUGGAUUGGAAGUCAUAACAGACCUAAAAUGUAACUCAGAACAUAAUAUCGAAAAACAAUUAAGGGAAUUUCCAAAAACAGCAUGAAUCUCAUAAUGGUACCUUUUCUUGCCUGAGAUCAAAGUUUGUUUAGGUACAGUGUUUGACUCUUUCAACGACAAUGAGAAUUUUGUUCUUAAGUACUAUGGACUGUACUAAAUUUAAGUGAUUUGUUUUCAUCUUAGAGCCCUCUAAUGUCAGUUCUUUUGUUCUUUUAGUAACUCAAAUUUGGAGUUAUCAAAUAAUAGUAUUUCGACCUGAUUUCCAGUGACAUUUUUCUUGAACACCACGUCAUAAGUUGUUGGAUAACACAGUUUAUCCCCAAACACACAGUUUUGCAGUGAGAUAACUGAUAAUUGUUUUUAAAAAGUGGGAGAUCUGUGUUGCUGUCAAUGUUAAUGUUGGGAGAACAACAAAACGUUUGAAAGUGUACUUGUUAAUGUGAUAUUCACAUAAACCAUAUGGUUACAAUAUUUACCAUACAAAAUUUAAUUGAGGUCAAAUUGUUGCCAUUUCUGGAUGGAAUAAUAUGGAUAGCAUAUUAGUAUGACAUGACACACACACACACACACACACACACACACACACACACACACACACACACACACGAUGCCUGUCCAAUAAUUGAACAAAAUAACAAUAUAAUAUCUUUGUAUCUUGCAACGUAAGAGGUACAAAUGUGCAUAAAAACAGACCUGUACAUUUGUAUUGAACAAUGAAACGUGCCAUUUUUGCACUGGUUCUUUCAUUGUGACCAUGGUACAUUGAGUUGAUGUUUUCACAUUCACUUCUUAAAUUUCUCUUUUAUUCAUAACAUUAAUCAAGUGUUUUACCACUGUAUUUGACAUUAAGUACGUCUGCUAUUUCAGCAGACUAUAUUGAGUAACCAGAAAUGGUACCUUUACGUCUUCGAUGUGUUCAACAAAAAAAGGGAUAUUCUUUUUUAUGUGAUAUUUAGUAAGGAAAGAAACUGUUGCUGUUAAGGUGAUUAUGGAGAUAUCUAUAAAUAUAUUCAAUGUUAUAUCUCAAAUUUUAUAUACCACAAAAUAAAAAUGAGGGGAAAAAUAUA